UGUUGUACUUGCGUACCCUUUUGGUACUAAUGUUGGAGAGUUGUCCCUGGUGAAAGUGGUCCCUGGACAAAAAAAAAGGUUGGGAACCACAGCUUUAAAGUGAUAUAGUUCAUCUGUCAUAAGUUGAUUUAAUUUCCAUACAUGUAGAGCUCCAAGACAAGAAUGGCAACUAUUUUGUUUUCCAUAAAUGAGCAAGAGAGGAUGAUUAAAAAACAACAGCACUCUCCGCAGCUUACGAAACCAAGGACAUUUAAGAGCUAAACCCUCCCAAAAGUUAAACAGGCUGACACUGCAGUAAAGAAUAAUAAUAAUAAUAAUGAACAUUGAGAGGGGCUCAUCUCUGCUCUCUUCCUUUGAUAUUUAGGCUCGGUAUUUGAUGUUCAAGUUUCCUGAAAUGCUUCUGCUAUUCGAGUUCUGAAGAUGGAUAAACUUAAAACUAUUGGGCCACAAGAAGAGGCACAACACAGCAAAACAAUGGAUGGAGAGCUAGACAUGUUGGGAAAGGCACAUGAGUUCUUUCAGAUCUGUGAUAUAGAACACAAAGGAUUCAUUUAUCGUAAUGAAAUGCAGAGGCUUCGUGGUGAGUUACCGCUUAGUCCAGAAGAGCUGGAGAAAGUAUUUGAUAGUCUAGAUGCAGAUGGCAAUGGGUCACUUACUCCAGAGGAAUUCACCACAGGACUCAAUCAGUUUUUGCUUGGGAAGAAAGGGUCAAUUUCUGAAAUGCAAGGGCAUGAACCUGAAAAUCUGUAUCAACCUCAAUGGGAAGAAAGCAACACAGAUAUUGAUGAGGAAGAUCAGUUCUCAGAUCUGAUGGAGAGGCUUGGAGCAAGUAAUAUCUUUAAAGAAGAGAACGAUGUAGAAAAACUCUGGUUACACCUGAAGAAAAAUGAACCUCACUUGCUUUCCAGUUUUGAAGUAUUCCUGGCAAAAGUAUUUUCUCAGCUCCAAGAAGUGAACUAUGAAAAGAAUGCACUGGAGAGUGCCCUGCAAAAGAAAAUUGCAGCUUAUGAUGAAGAAAUCCAGCACCUCUAUGAGGAAAUGGAGCAGCAGAUCAAAAAUGAGAAGGAAGCAUUCCUCUUGAAAGAUACUGCGAGGUUCCAGUCCCGAAGUCAGGAUCUUGAGCAUAAACUUGAAGUGAAAGAACAGGAACUGGAACAACUGGCUCAAAAACAGAAAAGACUGGAGGGACAGUAUAAAGACCUGCACAACGACAAACAAGAAACAAAAGUAGAAAACACAAAACUCAGGCUCACAAAUCAAGAACUGCAGAACGAACUGGAAAGAACAUCGCAGGCACUAGCAAUUGCCCAACAACAGUUGCAGGUAUUGCAAGAUGAAGCCAAGGAGCUGCAGGAAGAAAAGGAAAUGGAGGUUUACAGAGUUACAGAGACAUUGCAAAGGGAGAAAUCAGGACUUCUUAAACAGCUGGAUUUUCUAAGAGAAAAGAACAAAUAUCUUAAAGAUGAACGUGAUAUGUGUUUAUACCAGAAACAUAAGGGAGUUCCCCCUGCCAACUGGAAGAAAAGAUCAGGCUCAAUCAUAGGCAACUAUGUUGACAGAAAGGGUUCGCUGAAGAGCCAGUCUUCUGAAGAUGAAGAUUUAUGUAAUACCUCCAAAAGAAGAAACUCAAUUGGCUUGAAUGGGUAUCCUUCAUUAGAGUCUGACCCUGCUGCUGGUGGGGGGCUGGCUCAUGGGAAGCGUCUUCAAAGAAUAAUAUCAAUUGAAGAAGAUCAUCUGCCCCAACUUCUCGAUAGGCCAGAAAGGCAGCUUCCCAAAUGGUCUGAAGAAGAUGAAGACAUACUGCAAGAAAAGGAAAUGAAUGGGACUCAGAUAGAAUCACCAACUGAAAAGACACCGCCCACUCCCAGAGAGCAACCAGUAGGGACAGAAACACUCUCAAGUGAUGAACAGUCAUUUUCCGUCCCAGACUGUUUAUUCAAGAUUAUUUUUGUGGGAGAAUCAAGUGUAGGAAAGACUUCCUUUUUAAGACGAGUUUGUGAAGAUCGUUUUUCCUCUGGUACUGCUGCUACUGUUGGUGUGGAUUACAGUGUGAAAACAGUAGCGGUGGAUAAUAGGCGCAUAGUGCUGCAACUGUGGGACACUGCUGGACAGGAAAGGUACCGCAGCAUCACCAAGCAGUUCUUCCGAAAAGCUGAUGGAGUCAUUGUGAUGUAUGAUAUAACUACAAGAGAAACAUUUUUGGCUGUGAAGCAGUGGUUAGUGAGCAUUGAGGAGGCAACAGGGGAGAACAUUCCUAUCCUUCUGCUUGGUAAUAAAACUGAUAAGGAAAAAGAACGUGAAGUUCCCCAUGGAUUAGGAAAACACCUAGCCCAGGAUUACAAUUUAAUAUUUUAUGAAUGCAGUGCCUUAUCAGGAGACAACACCAACAAGUCUAUACUUCACUUGGCGAGGAUUCUGAAAGAACAAGAAGACAAAGUGAAGGAAAAAACUGUUCAGCUACAUCAAGACUUCAAGAAAAAAUCUUGUUGUUUGAAACAAUAGAAGGCAUUCUCCCUCUAACUAAUCAACCUGAUCAUCUUUCUUUGGGUUUCAUCAUCACAUCCAUUUCAUACUACAGCAUGAGAAAUGACAUGCUGGGAAUAAUUAUAGCUCUGUUCCUGAAUGGGUGAAAAGCUGGGUGAAGAUAGGGACCAUUACUAGCUAAUUGAAUUGUUGUACUUAAACAAUUGUUAUUGAAAACAUGCCUCCUCCUCCUGACGAAACACAAACAAACAGAGAUAUAAUUAAUAUUAAUUUAUAUUAUUUUUUUUCUUUUCUCAAGAUUCGCAAUUCUGAAGUGUCGCUCCAUUUCAAUUGGGGAGAAGCCCAGCUAGCUAUAUCUCCUCCUGUAAAUAAAAUCUACUUUGAUGAAAUUAAAUCAAUUGUAUAAGAUGAAAUCAAAUGGAAUCAAAUAUUUUAAAGGGUAAUUGAGGGUGCUUCCAGACAGCACAAAAUGCAGGUUUUAAAUGGGGGUUAAAAAAUCCCGGGAGCUGACAGUAGUGCCCCAAACAGACCUGUCAGUUCCAGGAUUUAUUCCCCUUGCCGUCCUCAAAGGCUCCCUCUGUAUUGGAACGAGAUGGAAGGCAGAUGAGGGACAUCCAGCAGAAGGGUUUUUUAAAAAUCACUCUGUUAUGCACUGGACCAUAUUUGCACACAUGUGAAUAUCUUUAAUAUCCAAAUCCAAAUUUAUUUAAUGCUUAGACCAUAGGUCUUUCGCAUGCAAGACAAACAAACAAAUACACAAAAGCCAGACCAUCAAAUACAAUAUAAAACAUGCCAUUAAAACCCUAUAUAAAUCAUUAAAACAUUAAAAUGCUGAAAAUAUCAAUGUCAGCAUAUGCCCUUCAAAUACUGCAUAUUUCAUGGAUUAGCACCAACAUAAUUAAAAACAAGAUAAAACCAAGUAAGUACAGUAUUAUUAAAAUCCAAGCAGGGAACACCUUGGAUAUAAAAACCACUAUUAGUUAAAAGCAUCCCCAGCACAGUCAACCGCGACAUUGGAGAUCAGUUUUGCCCGGAUUUUCUGAGCUGCUGCCAUCUUACCUCCUCAAUAUCUUUAAUAUAAAUAUAAUUAGAUUCGUAUGUGCUCAUAUAAGGUUCAGCACACAAUGGAGUUAAUUUUUUUUUAAAAAAACUUCCACUGGCUUUUUUUCUCUUCCCCCAAUUGUUGAUUCAAAUUGCUCUCACUUUGUGCUGUCUUUAAAUCAGCUAUGUGUCCAUUUCACAACUCGAUGAGCUGAUCAGCUGUUUUGGGCUGUUUAAAAGCGCAAGUGCACUGGAGCAAUCUUCACAGGGGGAGGGAAGGAAAUAAUGUGCUUUUUGCGAGUGCAGAAUUAUACAGUGAUACUAAUAUGCACAUUUUCCGACCGAAAUCAAGAUAAAAAGGGACCUUUUAACCCUGUGAAUCAGCACAGAUUUACAGUGAAUCAGCACAGAUUUACCGCUAGCCUCAUGUAUCCACCCACCUUUAACCUGGUAACUUCGUUUUUAGAUGCUGUGUAGAUGGGCCCUGAAACUGUAAAUGUAUAAUCUGGUUUUACUUAAUCCCCUGCCUGGGAACAGGUAAUGGCUAAGCCAGCUAAUGUAUACAUGUCUAAAAGCCCUAACUACGUUGAUGGGAUUUCCUUUGUAUAUAUGUAAACUGC